AUGGUGCUUGGACUUGAAAAAGUUAAGAAAACUACUGAGAAGAUCAAGAUUAUCCAAGAGAAGGUGAAAGCUUCACAAAGUCGUCAGAAGAGCUAUCAUGACAAGGGGAGGAAAACACUUGAGUUUCAGAAGGGAGAUCAUGUGUUUCUGAGAGUUACUCCGGUAACUGGUGUUGACUGCACGUUGAAGUCUAAGAAACUUACACAAAGUUUCAUUGGUCAAUUUCUGAUUCUUCAUAGAGUAGGAGAGCUGAGGAAGUAUAUCCCGUAUCCGUCUCGUGUGAUCCAGUUGGAUGAUGUUCAAGUUAGAGUGAACUUGAAAGUUGAGACUUUGUCAUUGAGAUUUGAUGAUCGUGAGGUGAAGAACUUGCGAGUCAAGGAGAUUGCUUUAGUAAAAGUCAUGCGGGGAGCUCCUGCUGGUGGCAAUGCGACGUGGGAGCUCGAGAGUAGGAUGAGAGAGUCUUAUCCAUAA